CAAAAACUGGGACCCUGGAAAAGGCCCGUGGCAUACUUUUCAAAAAAAUUAGACAGCGUGGCUGCAGGAUGGCCCCCAUGUCUCCGGAUAAUAGCGGCUAUGGCAGUCCUGGUAAAAGACUCAGACAAGUUGACUUUUGGCCAACCCCUCACUGUGGUGGCCCCCCACGCCGUAGAGACAGUCAUCCGCCAGCCCCCUGAUCGAUGGCUCUCAAACGCCCGGGUCACCCAUUAUCAGGCCAUGUUACUGAAUUCUGAGCGGAUACAGUUUGGAACGGCUACAUCUCUAAACCCGGCCACCUUGCUUCCAGAAACCGAGUCCCCCUCCCUAGUAAUGUAUGAUUGCCACCAGAUCCUAGCUGAAGUCCAUGGCACCAGAGGGGACUUGACGGACCAGCCUUUGCCAGAUGCUGAAGCAACCUGGUACACCGAUGGGAGUAGCUUUCUACGAAAUGGCUGGACAGAAGCUUUCCCCACCAAGCGAGAAACCGCCCAGGUGGUUGUCAAGAAAAUCCUGGAAGAAAUUUUCCCCCGGUUUGGACUGCCCAAGGUAAUAGGGUCGGACAACGGCCCCGCCUUCGUCUCCCAGGACAGGCUAAAGGCGCUCCAGAUUAUCCAGCACCAGAUCUGGAAACCCCUUGCGGCUGUCUACCGCCCCGGAGACACAACCGGCCCACACCCGUUCCAGAUCGGUGACUCCGUCUACGUCAGGAGACAUCAGUCCAGGACGCUUGAGCCCCGCUGGAAGGGCCCAUAUACUGUCCUACUGACCACCCCAACCGCCUUAAAGGUAGACGGCAUUGCUGCUUGGGUCCACGCCUCACACGUCCAGCGCGCCCCAUCAACGAGCACCGCUGACGCCAGCCAGGACGGACCGGACGAGCCACUCCAAUGGAAGCUCCACCGCACCCAAAACCCACUCAAGAUAAGACUUUCAAAAAUUGUUCAAUGACAGUUGUUAUAUUCCUACCUCUCCUAGCGCUCUUCACCUCCGCCAAAGGUAGCCCUCAUGCCCUCAAAAGGUUAACCUGGCAGGUACUAACGUCUGGGGGUGACGAGGUCUGGUCUAUAACUAAGACCGCCCCCGUGGGAACCUGGUGGCCUGACCUAUAUCCUGACCUAUGCAAGCUAACCAUAGGGGCCCCUAGCCCAUGGGACCUAGAGGGAUACUUCGAUACCUCUAGAGCCCCUAACCAAGAAAGCCCUCCAGGGCGACUGGGAUUAGACCCAUGGGGAGGAUGUGGCACGCCUGACAGAAGGGCCAUGCCAAGCACUCUUCCCUUUUAUGUCUGUCCCGGGCACCACAGAGAUCGCAGGCUAAAUCCCACCUGUGGAGGAGGGGAAUACUUCUAUUGUAAAAAUUGGGGGUGCGAAACUACGGGGGAUGCAGAAUGGAGGCCCUCCUCCUCCUGGGAUUGUAUCACUGUCAAGGCUAACUAUACUCACCCGACAUUUAGCAAAUGGAAAACCCUUAAUUAUGGGCCCUGCCAAGGGUGGUGUCAUCCCCUACGGAUAUCCUUCACGGAGCCCGGAAAAAGGGCUACUCACUGGGCCAAUGGAUAUACGUGGGGACUCAGGUUAUACAAAGAAAGAACAGAUGAUGGUUUUAUAUUCAGAAUUAAACUAAAAAUAGAAUCCCCAGACCCCGUGG